AAAAAACGAAUAAAAAUACACAUAUAUAAAUAGUAGGCCUUGAAAAACAAGUUCCCCCAUUUGCUUAUUCUUGUGUAGUCACAGCACUGUGAUGGAUAGAGGAGAUGACCAAAGAUCCCUACUCAUUUUAUUUUCAAUAUAUUAAUAUAAUGUUACUGUAUUAUUCAGUAAUGGCUCAACUCAGUCUCACAACAUGGCAGUCUUUAUAAUCAUAUAUUUGAUAAAACUAGACUUGAUAAAACUAGGUUUCUUGUAAAUGUGGUUCUGUGAAAUAAAGAUAUGAUCAAUUCAUGUUUCAUAAGCUCCGUAUACGUAGCACCUAAAGGCUUUGAAACCUUGUUCUUGAUGUGGGGACACCCAUUAGAAUGCAUGUACCUUUAACAACAUCUAACUUCGCCAGUCUGCCUUAAAGAGCCAGGCAUGUGCCAGUGAGUGCCUCCCCAGAUUUCCCCACAACAAACUGCCUCUCAGCCUUCUUAAGGUGGACCGCCAGAGAUGCACUUCACCAAUGGGCUACGUCUAGUUGGUGCUAGACAUGAACGGGUUAAUUCCCACACUCUCAAUACUGUUCUCUCCAUGUGAUUUUGUGAUUUGACCACUGACUGUAUAUUUGACAUAAUUAUGUUUAUAGUUAGUGUGCUCAUCUAUAGAGCCUGUAUUGACCCUCUGAAAAGAUACUACAUCAGAAAGGGCACUCGGUAUGGAGCACUGACACUGAGAAGAAGCGGUUGGGUGUUUUGGCUGCUGAAAUAAGGCACCAUGUCGACAGAAGCGGCUCAACUGAAGGCAGUGGACAACGAACCUCCAUUUUAAAGGAGUUAGACUUACUGUUAUCGGAUUGGCAAACAACAAAGUCUUCAGUCAAAUCUUGGGGAUCACCUUUCUCUAUGAACCUAGAAAAAACAUCUAUUAAAGAAGGUUACGGGACAGUGGACGACCACAGUGAUGAAGACCUUCAAAAACCUGUUAACAUAAUUGUUGUUACUUCAAAGACCAACCAGAAUCCAGGGCCUACAGAGAGCUGUUUGUUUGGAGCAAGUCCUUGUUUAAUUCCCACUAGUUUCAAUGGCACGAGCCUGGUCUGGGAUGACAUGAAACGCACCCUGGCAUUUGCUUGGGAGCUUCAUGUCUUUGGAUCUGCCAGUCUUUUCUUACUGCUGAUGCUGCUAGGAGUUUUAGGAAUGUUUUAUGUGCAUACACUCCCUCCACCUCUACGUGAAGUCCUGAUUUUGACAAACAGUCUUGUGGUCAUCAGUGCCUCUCUUCGUGGAGUCCUGCUUCUUCUGGAUCCAUAUGGGACCCGACAGAUUCUAUCUCGAGCUUCAUUUACUGCUCUGCACAAUGUUUCUGUGCACCUUUUGCUUUGGGCACAGACCUCGCUGGCCCUACUUACACUACGAGGAAUGACACUACUGUUUUUCCAGUUAGAUGUGCAGCAUUGGUGGGUGGUUGGUGCACUGGGGCUAGCACAUUGUAUGCCGUUAGUAGUUGCAGAUCUUUAUCCCUCAGCUAUAUCACAUGCGCUUCCACUUUUACUACAAAGUCUGUCAUUGUGUUGGGGUAUCCCCUUGGGUUUAGGCACUGUCAUGAAGUCACUCUCUAAUUUACCACAGUUUUUAAGGUCCUCUUUACCACAAUGGAUGCCCUCUUACAGGGCAGAAAUGUGUGCAAAAAGGGUGACUGCAGCCUGUGCUGUCCUUGGGGUUCUGAGCAGCACUCUCCACAUGUAUAGCAUCCUCUGGCUUUAUGGACUACUGGGGAACUGGAAACGCUUUGGCUGGGGCUGGUGGCUCUGUCAGUUUUGGGGAAGAAUUUUAGAGUUAUUUUGGUGUUUAUCUCUCAUUGUCUUGGGGCUCUGGAUUUCCUGCACAAUAUCAAGAGGCCAUUCAAAAAGCAAAUGUAAACCUUGUAAAGAUGUAACAGUGCUCAACAAGGUGCUUUCUCAGUUUAGAAAAGGACCACUGAGAAAACCUGAGAAAACUUGGGAAGAACUAAUGCCAAACAACUGGUCAAAGUAUAAACUGUCACGAGCAGGAAUCAGCAGUGCAAUGGCCACACAUGAUGACCACUCAUAUAAGUCAGAGUACACUGAUCCAGUUAGCACCACCAGUUGUGACUCUCAGGCAGCAGUACUGUGGCAGAACAUUAGUGAACGAGAAUGUGUCUUGUCCUUAAUAGAUUUUAAUAUGGUGCCUCCUUCUCCCAUUAAUCUGAGAUGCAGCAUUGACAACGCCCUGAUGUCUAGAAGUCUGUUCAUAGCUCCUCCUCCCUCCUGGACUCAGUCUGUCACAGACAUGCUUCCCCCUGCUUACUCCAGCUUCAGCUGGCCCAUGGAUACUGAGUCUAUCACUGCAUCUCUGGAUCACUUUCAGACCAGUGAGUCUCCCUGGUUUACCAGAGACCAUAACAAUAGACCCACAGCAGACACUGAAGAUGAACUCAGUUCUGAACUCUGUUCCAGUGUGAAUCAAUAUGAGAUAUCUGAUGAUGAUAUUAGAAACAUAUAG